AUGGAUCUGCAUCAUUUGAGCUUAGCUGCUCGAGCAGAUGGGACUGAUACCUUCCUCGACCUGAUCGCGAAUCCGUUUCGCUCGGCAUUCACAGUCACCGCUAUUUGGGCCUCACUGGGCACUUCGAUUGGUGUCACCGUCCUCCUCGCCCUCGUCUUCUCCCUGAUCCGUCCCCGUCACUCGCUCGUGUAUGCCCCCAAAGUCAAGCAUGCAGACCUCAAACAUGCCCCGCCUCCAGUGGGAAAGGGUCUCUUCGCCUGGCUCAAACCGGUCAUCCACACGCGGGAGGCCCAGCUGGUAGAAACGGUCGGCCUGGACGCUGCGAUCUUCUUGCGAUUUGUCAAGAUGUGUCGCAACAUUUUCAUCUUUCUGAGCAUCAUCGGAUGCGUGGUUAUGAUUCCGGUCAAUAUCACACAAAGCGCCAGUCCCAGCGACACAUCGGAGUCUUCCACCUUCAACAUGAUGACCCCACUCAACAUCACCAACCCCACAGCCAUUUGGAGUCAGGUGGUCUGCGCCUGGGCCUUUGAUAUGAUCAUAGCCUUCUUUUUGUGGAGGAAUUACCGCGCAGUGCGGAACUUGCGCAGGCAGUACUUCCAGAGUUCCGAGUACCAACGCAGUCUGCAUGCCCGAACAUUGAUGAUCACGGAUAUCCCCCCCGCGGAUCGCAGCGACGAGGGCAUCUUGCGACUCACCGACAAAGUCAACCCUACGGCGGCGCUCCCGCGGGCUUCAAUCGGCCGCAAUGUCAGAGAUCUCCCGAAGAUCAUCGAAGAGCAUGAGGAGGUUGUACGAGAACUGGAAUCUGUUCUCGCCAAGUACCUCAAGAAUCCUGACCGUUUGCCCGCGAAGAGGCCCAAGAUCCGUCCUCCUCGCUCACAGCGAAGCAAGCACCCAGGUGGCAAAGUGGACGCGAUCGAUUAUCUGACCGUUCGGAUCCGAGUUUUGGAGGAAGAAAUCAAGCAUGGACGGGCGUCUAUCGAUCGCCGAAACGCAAUGCCUUAUGGGUUCGCUAGUUGGGAGAACAUUGAGCACGCUCAUGCUGUGGCCUGGAAUUCUCGCCGCAAAAGCCCCCAAGGUACCGUUGUUGCCCUUGCGCCGCGGCCUAGUGAUCUGAUCUGGGAAAAUCUUCCUCUGACCAAGUCCGCUCGGAAAUGGAAGCGGUUUGUCAACUUUAUCUGGGUCACAUGUCUGACUCUUGUAUGGAUCGCCCCUAACGGUUUAAUUGCCGUCUUCUUGUCCAACUUGUCCAACUUGGGUCUUGUCUGGCCGGCGUUCCAGACUUCGCUGGAAGCCAACCCGAACGUUUGGGCCGCUGUUCAGGGUAUUGCCUCGCCUGCGCUCACUUCCCUCGUGUAUCUCCUACUUCCAAUCAUCUUCCGCCGACUGUCCAUUCAGGGUGGCAGCAAAACCAAAACAUCACGAGAGCGUCAUGUGCUGGGACAUCUUUAUGCCUUCUUUGUUUUCAACAACUUGAUUGUCUUUUCGCUCUUCUCUGCCGCUUGGGGAUUCGUGACUAUCGUCAUCGACAAGACCAACAAUCAUGAGAAUGCUUGGCAGGCUAUCGUGGAAAGUCAGCUGUACAGCAAGCUGGUCAGUGCUCUAUGCACCGUGUCACCCUUCUGGGUGACCUACCUGCUGCAGCGUAACCUAGGUGCCGCCAUCGAUCUCGCGCAACUGGUCACUAUGGCUUGGGUAUGGUUUGCCAAGACUUUCCUCUCGCCCACACCACGACAAUCGAUCGAGUGGACCGCACCGCCGGCAUUUGACUAUGCCAGCUACUACAACUACUUCCUGUUCUAUGCCACUGUGGCUUUCUGCUUUGCUACCCUGCAGCCAAUUGUGCUCCCCGUGACGGCACUGUACUUCGGUAUCGAUGCCAUUCUGAAGAAGUACCUGCUGAUGUACGUGUUUAUCACCAAGAAUGAGUCUGGUGGCAUGUACUGGCGGGUUCUGUUCAAUCGCUUGGUUUUCGCCACUAUCCUCGCCAAUUUCAUCAUUGCUUUGGUUGCCAAGUCUCGCGGAACCUGGACGAUGGUAUUCUGCGUGGCUCCUUUGCCUUUCCUGAUGAUCGGAUUCAAGAUCUAUUGUAUGAAGAGCUUCGAUUCCGACUGUGAAUAUUACAACCGCGCCAAUCUGAACGACGCGGAGGCAUUGGGCGCACAGAAAACCGACAAGAAGGCUGCGGAACGAUUGAACUCCAAGUUCGGCCAUCCCGCUUUGUACAAACCCCUCUUGACGCCCAUGGUGCAUGCCCGGGCUGCCGAGGCAUUGAAGCAAAUCUACCAAGGCCGACUGGACCACGGCGAUAUGGCUGGCGAGUACUCAGAUGUCGCCAUGAACCCAAUGCUUCCCUCUCAACCCGGCAAAUCCUCCAUGGAACCAUCGCCCUUCGAGGUUGUCCCGGAAAACCACCUGGACUUCUCAUACUACAAGAACCGUGCAGACUUCCGGGACGAAUUCGGCGGUGGCAUUUAUGGUCGACCCGAAGACUUGAUGACAGAGCGUUCACACACGCCCCGCAGCCACUUAGGAGGCGAGUGGUCACCAAGCUCUUCGCGCGCCUCCUCACCCGCGCCCUCGCUGCCCUCAAUACCGCCUCUGAGGAUCCCCGAAACCUCCGAGCAUUCUGAUCCCACUGGCCUCGUUCACCCUGCCUUCAGAGUACCGUUGUCUCGAGGCGACAGUGGCAACUCGGUACCGGGUGUUUACGCGCAAGACGAUGCCGAGUCCGGUCUUCUCAGCCAUGCCCAGGCUCCUGGGCAGACGGAGAUGGUCAACCCGAUCGAUCGCUGGCGUACCCGUGGCUAUGGUCCUGUCGACCAAGAUGACAACGAGCCCUCUUUCACAUCCUACGAGGCAUAUCGCGCACAGCGGUGA